AUCCCUUCAUUUUCACUCUCCCCCUUCCAGAACGACUCGUCUGGUUUGCUUUGUUUUGGGCUGAGCCACCCACACGUUCUCCAUCCAUCUGUUGUUUUUCUUCUUCUUCCUCUUCUUUUCUGCAUCUAACAACUCUCGCCUGUUUGUCCAUGUCUCUCUGCCGCCCUUCGGCCUGCUGAGCUUUCUUCUGUAACAGCUUCCUUCGAGCCGUGCACUUUCAGCAGCUGCCACGACUCCACCAACAUCCAAAUAAACAAACGGCCCUUUACGCAUCGCAUCUUGUCGCAUCCCGGGACCCCCCUUUGGCUACGAUGGCCGCCACGUACAAGCAGUUCCUCGCUGCUCCUAACUCGUCGCUGCUCGCGCCGAAUGCGACCCUCUACUACAUCACCACGACCACCACUUACAGUGGCCCGACUGAGAUCAUCAAGCACCUCAACACCUUACGCAACCAGGUCAAGAAGAAGAAGGAGGACAUCUUGGACGUUGUCGAGGGCCGUGAUGCAAUUGCUGCCGAUGUAGAUACCUCUCUGGAGUUCGUCACAAGUGGAGGCGCCUACCUGCCUGGCCUUGAUGAUAACUUCUUGGCUGACCGAACCGUCCACCUUCCUAUCAUGCACGUUGUGAACUUCGAUAGCGACGGCAGGAUUUCACAGAUCAGGCAGACCUGGGACCAGGGCGCCCUCCUGAAGCAGUGCGACAUCAUUGGGAAGUCGGGCCGCAACUGGCCCAUUCGGGACAGCAUCGAGCAAAUCAAGCUCAUCACCAAGGGCCUGAAAGCCAGUGGCAAGGUUGAGACGGCCCCUGACACCAACGACCUGAUUAACCGGUCCCGAGGCAGCUCAACCAACGCUCUCCGCGACCCUCAUGCCUCUCUCUCCUUGUUCGCGCCCAGAGAGCAACAGGCCGAAGAAAGCCCCCGGGCGGUCGUGUCACCUUAUGCAGGUACUCGGCCGCAUCAACGGUCUUUCACAGACAUCUUGGGCAAUGCCGAGCCGGAAGAGCCCGGCUCUCCUAGCGCGGGCCGUGAGCGUGAUGACUCGCCCAGCAAGACCGUCGCUCCCAAGAGCGGUGCCGGGAAAAACUUUCAGCCCAGUCGCCUGUUCGACGCCGACGAGCAUGCCGACGUGCCCGACAGCCCUGAGCAAUACAGGUCGCCCGAGAAGUUCUAUCGACCGAAUCCCAAAAAGUACCAGCACUUCGACUUCGCCGACGGCUCGGACCCGCAAGACACUCCCAAACCUGCCGAGGGCCGUCCCAAGCCCAGCAAGCACGAUAGCAACUGGUCGUUUGACGAUUUUGUGACGCCGCAGAAGAUUAAGCCCGGCAAGACGCAGCGCGCCCAGGAUGUUCGACACUGGGACACCGACAUCAACAACUCGGCCAUCAAGGCGACCCCUGUUACGCAUGUAGCUCAAGUUAAGGGUCGUCGUGACGCCGAAGCACACUUCGACUUCGAAGACGACGGCCCGGAUGCCACACCCCGACCGGCAGGGCGGCCCAGGGGAGCCGGCCACAAUACUGGCCUUCAUCUGUAUGAUAACAACCUGUACAGUGAAGACGGCAAGCCCCUUCCUGCCGACUCGGACCGCGCCUUGGGCAACAUCACAAACCUGAACCACCGUCAGAAGGACUUCAAUCCCCAUUUUGCCAUGACGGACGACUCGCCGAACCAGACUGGCCAGAAGGGACGGCCUGCGGUCAGCGACUCUCGCAAGAAAGCCGUCACCCAGAUGAACUCCAACUGGGACUCCUUCGACCAGUCACUCGCAUCGCAGAAGGAGAACAGACCUGAGGCGCAGAAGGGCCCCGGCAGUGGUAUUCACAUUGCUGGAGACGGCAUGGGCUCCAAGAAGACGAGAGACGACAAGGAUGCCGAAUCCAAAGGUAUCCACAUUGCUGGUGAUGGUAUGGGCGGCAAGAAGGGUGCCAAUCGCAACUGGCUCUACGGCGAUGUCGACGAGCCCGAGGAGCCUGCCAGAGCUAUCCCGCCCAAGGGCUCGGGCAUGACGGCGGCCCAGAAGAGCUUCUGGGAUUUUUAAAAUCGAUUGCCGCCGGCGCGCGUUCGUGGUACUUGAUACCUUGACAGCGCCAGGCUUUUUCUUGAUUGUUUUGCUACGACUGGAUGUACGAAUCACAGGGAGUGUUUUAUUGCCACCAGGUUUUCCCCGUUCUUCCCAUCCGCAAGUUCACUCACUCUGUGUGGCACCCAUGCCGACUUCGGGAAGUCGAUUUCUGGCUGGGAAUGCUGGAUGUGAGAAUGCUAUCUCAUCCCCAC